ACAUCUACAAGAGAGGAUCCGGCACGGCGAUGACGGCGGCGAUGGCGACCUCAGGUGUCUUUCUUGUGGCGCUGGUGGUGCUGCCUGCCGCCCUCGUGGGCGCAGAUCAGUCCGUCGUCGUUAAGGAUGAGAGUAAAGUCGAAGUGGACAUCCGCAAAGGCAAGGAAGCGUCUGGCCCAAAGUGUCCCAUACCUGAGACAUCAGACACAUUAGAGGUUGGAGGUUCACAACAAGCCAGUGGAAAAUGUGUAUUAUAUAAGUGCCAGAUGAAGGGUUCAAAUGCAGUUACAGUCUCUCAUUCAUGUGUGGUAGUUAAACCUGGAGAGGGAUGCACUGUCAAAGAGCAAGAUGUGAGCUUACCAUUCCCAAAAUGCUGCCCAGUAACAAGAUGUACUAAAGGAGGAAAAUGAUGUGACCUGUGUCUGUUCAUAGUUUUCAUUUACAAUAGUGGUCAAAAUAUACCUAGAGCUGUUAUAUUAUUUCUUGGCAGACACUAUUGUAACUUGCAGUAAACCACAUAAUAAAACA